AUGUCCGACAAAGAGACUCUUCUCGGAAUGGGCUUUGCCCCCGAGCGCAUCGAAUGGGCGCUUCGUGCGACGAAGCGUGCCGGCCUACAGCCCGCCAUGGACCACAUUCUCGAGAAUGCCGACAAGCCUGUCCCCGAGGUUGGUGACGAGGAUGUGGAGGAGCCUGUCCCCGAAGGUGCCGAGGCCAAGUCCAUCAAGUGUUCCGAAUGCGGCAAGGUCUUCCGCUCCCAAGCCACCGCCGGCUUCCACGCCGAGCGCACGGGUCACGAAGAGUUCGAGGAGAGCACCGAGGAGAUCAAGCCUCUCACCGAGGAGGAGAAGAAGGAAAAGCUCGCCGAGCUCCGCGAGAAGCUUGCCGCCAAGCGUGCAGCGCAGAGCAAAGAGAACGAGAAGGAUCAGCGCGCCAACGAGAUGAUCCGCCGCAAGGCCGGUCAAGACCAAGGUGCCAUCAAGGAGCAGAUGCAGGCCAAGGAGCUCGCCAAGGACGCUGAGAGGAAGAGGCAGGAGAAGCUCGAGGACCAGCGUGCGCGUGCUGCCGUCAAGGCUCAAAUUGAAGCGGACAAGCGCGAGCGCGCUGAGAAGGCCGCCCGCGAGAAGGCUGCCCGUGACGGCGCCCCUAUGCCCGUUGCCGCUGCCCCCGCCGCCGCUGCUCGCCCUGCUGCUGGCAAGUCCAGCGACAACCCGGAGACGCGCCUGCAGAUCCGUCUCCACGUCGGCGGCGCCCCCCUCGUCAAGACUUUCCCCAGCGACAACACCCUUGUCGACGUUGCCGAGUUUGUUGCCAGCCAGAACCUGGCCUACACCGUGGACUCGGUCACGUUUGCGUCCACUUUCCCGCGUAAGACAUUCAGCCGCGACGAAAUGCGCAAAACGCUCAAGGACAACGGCCUCACGCCCAGUGCGGUUCUUAUGGCCAACUCGACUUAG